AUGGAAUUUGACGUUUAUUAUUUUAGAGGGUAUCAAUUUAUAAAUGAGAGGUUGUGGUUAGGAUAUGUUAAUGGCGGUGGUACCCUCAUGUCAUGUAUGAUGCUGGUGGUAAGAUGGUGGGUCGGGUUGUGGUGGUGGCGAUGGUCAUAUGUUGGUAGUAUAGGUGCUGGUAGUAGUAGUGGCGAUGGUCAUUGUAAUGUGGUAGUAAUAGAGGCGGUGGGUCUGGUGGCAGCGGUGAUGGUGGCAUCAUCCAGGGCAAUCUGGUGGUAG